CUAAUGGCGACUUACUGCCGCUGGGUUUUUCUGGAUCGAACAAAAACAGGGAGAGGCACUGUGGAUGUGAGAGAAUUCACGAUGCGUAAAUGCCGCAAGUAGCCUCACCUCGCCUUGGUGGUUCAUAACUUGCAUAUCGUGAUUAUUUGGAGUGGUAUCCAGUGAUAUGUCAGGGAAGAGGGACGGAUAUUCUGGAGGCAACCUAGCUCCAUCUGCACCUGCAGCCUUCCCCAUCGAAUCUAUGAAAGUAAUUGGGGAGUCCAUUGGAGUAUCUCUCAAAGAGGAUGCUGGCAAGGAGUUGGCUGAUGAUAUCACCUAUAGGGUCAAGCUCAUCGUCCAGGAUGCAAUGAAGUUCAUGGUCCAUGGGAAGCGGAAGCAGCUCACAACAGAAGAUAUUGAUAACUCCUUAAAACAUAAGAAUGUGGAGCCUUUAUAUGGAGUGGAUGCAGUAGAGCACAUCCCAUUCCGUUUUGCCUCUGGAGGUGGACGGGAACUCUACUUCAUUGAAGAGAAGGAACUGGAGUUGAAUGAUGUUGUCAAUGCUUCUCUCCCCAAAUUGCCUCUUGACACCCAUCUCAGGGCUCAUUGGCUAGCUAUUGAGGGGACACAGCCAUCAGUUCCAGAAAACCCUCCUCCACGCGAUCGAGAGCAGCAGAAGAAGGAAGCUGUGGACCCUGCAUCCAAACUCCCCAAGCCUGGCACAAAGGGAAAGCCUGGCCCUCAAAACAUUGGGAAAGUGAAACCACAGAAAGUGGAGGAAAUGGUGAGGGUGAAGGACUUGGCCACUCAUGAGCUUUCAGUGGAACAGCAACUCUACUACAAAGAAAUCACCGAGGCCUGUGUUGGCAGUGAUGAAACUCGAAGAUCAUUACAUGAGAUAAUACCAGCAGUGGCUACCUGCAUAGUGAGCAAGCAGCUGUGCAUGCGACCAGAUGUGGACAACCACUGGGCGCUGCGAGACUUUGCUGCACGACUCAUGGCCCAAAUCUGCAAGAAUUUCACCACUUCCUCUAACAAUGUCCAGACACGCAUCACCCGAAUGUUUACACGUGCACUCCACAAUGACCGAACCCCAUUCUCCUCCAAGUAUGGUGCUUUGGCUGGUGAGCACCCAUUCUUUGACAGCCUGAUCCAAGAUUUGCUUAUGAAUUGGUGGAAGUUUAUAAGCUUCUCAAAAAGACACAGCAAAGUGAAUUGGCUUUCUUUUCUUUUAGGUCUCUGUGAGUUGGGUCCAGAGGUGAUCAAGAAUUUGGUCCUACCUAAGGUGUACUCAGAGGGGGAGCACCUUCGUGCAACUCUGGAGAACCCCAAUACCAUGCUGGUGAACAGUGUUGAGCGUGUUGGAGCAGACCGUGUCCAGCAGUUGUACAUUAAAUUCCUGCCACCAGUAUUGAAGACCCUGCGAAACCCACCUGACAAUCUGGAAGAGUACAAGGCAGAGUUUGGGUAUUUGGGGAACGCCCUGCAUUCAGGUGUGAUGCGGGCUCGAAUGCAGGGGGCUAGCCAGUCCUCUGCAGGCUCAGGAACAGCUCAUUUGGGGGGUACCAACCUUGGAGGCAUGCCCACUGCCUCCAAGUCCCAUCCCUCUGUCUCUCCUCGUAUCAUCCAAGGGAGUGUGGGACAGGGUGGAGGCCGGAGUGGAGGAGGGGUUGUGAUGACUAAGAUUGGAGUUCCGGGUGCAGGACCCAUGGUCUCUGCCAAUCCCAAAUAUGUAUUUGUUGCACCAAGUGCAGGGACACCCUCAGGGACGCCUUUUGCUUCUCAACAGGUGAUGCAGUUGAAGGGUCUGAUGAAGCCAGACUUGACAAAGCCCUGAGACACGGCACUGAUCAUUUCUGCUCGCAUUAGCUCUCCCUAUCUCCAGUUCUUACUUUUAUGUCAGAGAGUAAACAUUAUGUUGCAUCCACUCUGUGUCCUUUUGUUGGUCAUUAGGAGUUGGUGGCUUUGCAAAUAAAUGUAUUUCUGAUUGAAAUACAAGAAA